AAAAUGUGCAAUCCGCAUUCCGACCUGUGAAAGGCAGCAAUGGGCAACACAUCGUCUCGUCUGCCGGAAAUUCACAAAGUAGUAAACGGAAGUGAACCGUGACCAAUAACAGUUACAACGUUUGCGUUUUUAUUUAGACGUAAAUUAAAACCCUGGAACUCAAACUAUCACAUACUUCCUCCAUGUAGUGUUUAAUUCGCGUUGGAGACAAGACUUAGUUGGUGGAUGUUAUCUAGGUAAUGCUAACUCGCGUUGGAGACAAGACUUGGUUGAUAGAUGUUAUCUAGGUAAUGCUAACUAGCUAGCCGCUAAGAAUGGCUAACUGUAACGUAAUGGUUUCUCACACUCAAAUAGCCUCCAUAAUGGAGGUGCUAGCGAAUACAGCCGUGGAAGAGAUCUGUAAACUCGUAGACGACGACUAUGCAGUGUUUCGUUUGGAAAUUUCUCAAAGACAGAAAGAAAACAGGGGAUUGCGAAGGAAACUACAGCUACUGGAACUGAAGGUAUCACGGGAGCGCGCACUCGCCAGUAGUGUCAAGAUCCUCGACCGAUACAGAGGAAUGGCAAGAGGUGAAGGACAUCUCACUGGAGGCCACAGAGGUUUUGUGAAGCCAGCGGGACAUAAUACAUGGAGAGAUGACCAACCAAUCACGGUUGUUGAGGGAAGUGGAACCUCAUCCCAGCAUGUUAUGGUGAUAGAGUCUGCAGAUGCAGAGGCUGCAGGUCCUGGGGUCAAGCAGGAGAAGUCUGCAGGAGAGGAGGACCCAAGGUACUGCAGAGAUAUCCAGACUGGAGUGCCCCCUGUAUCCACAGAAGACCCCGUCACCACCCCAGCACUGCCCAGAACUCGACACAGCAUCACAGAGGAGGAGGGUCCAGAGGUGCUGCUGGUGAAGGAGGAGGGGUGUGAGGAGAGUCUGGGGAACCCUGAGGGGCCCAUGGACAUGGAGGACAACCAGACUACACCUCCUCCUGAACUCACAGAGGAACCAGCUGAGCAGCACAGGACCACACACAGUCUCAAUGAGUCAGUAGACAUGGAGGAUGGGAAGCCUGAUCUGCUGCUGGUCAAAGAAGAGACGAUAGAAGACGAACCAGAGAGCAUUGACCUGCUGAGUGGUCUAAAGAUGGGGGAGCAAGGUGGUUGGCUAGAGGCUAAUAGAGGAGACUGGGCGACCAUCUUGGAUUCCCAGACGGAUGCAGCCAAGGCACCAGGGGACAUCAUCACUGAGCAGGCCACAACCAGAGGUGACUUGGUGGAGUCUGCAGUCCAUGAGGACCUGCUGAUGUCUGGUGUUGCUGGAAGGAGAGACUGGAUCUCUGAGGUGGCUGGUCACAAACCCUGGCCGCGGAUCAGGCCACUGGAUCAGGAGCCGUCACGGUUCCUUCUUGAAUCGGAACCAGGUCCCAACCGCGAGGGACAGAGACUCCACCAUCACACAGAACACAACCAGUGGACAGGUGGACUGAACAGCCUAAAUCCUGGUGGUCAUCAGAGCGAUAGAGGCUCCAGUCAGCAGCCCAGACCCUUCUCUUCACAGUCUCAGUGCAGGGAUGGAGCAGGACCUGGGCCUGAUAGAGAUGGACCCUCCUGUUCCUAUGAAACAAACACCACUGUAUCCAUGAUGAACAGAUCAGGCUACUCUGGGCUUCAACCUUCACAGAGAGUGGUGGGAGACCCCCCUGGUGGUAGUCUAUCAGCAAGUCUGUCUUCUCCUUCAGGUUCUCGUCUAAUGCCUUGUGACUGGGUUCAUAGACAGCCUGGACCUGGGUCUAGCCUUCCUGGUGAUGGUUACCCCACAAAUACAGACAGGGUCAGGAUGGGCGUACCUCACAAGAGGUACCUAGCCUAUAACAUGGCAAACAAUCCCAACAACACCCAAACAAUGGCUAGAGGUCAAGGAGGGAGCUCAAAGACUAACCACCUGAGGACGGUGGCUCCUGCUUCUAUCUCCUCUGGUGUCAUUGGGUCACAACGUGAGAGGCCGAGCAUUAGUACCGACGCCGACAAGCCCUACUCCUGCCCCACGUGUGGGAAGUGCUUCGCUAGGGCAAACUAUUUGAAGGAGCACCAGACCGUUCACACCAAGGAGAAGCCCUUCAAGUGCAAACUAUGUUACAAGAGCUUCUCCUUCCUGACUAACCUUACCAGACAUAAGAGUGUCCACAACGGGAAAAAUUUGUAGCAGUGUGGUUUGAGAUGUACACAGGGGAUGUCUGGGAAUUAUUCUUCACCUGACAUAUUAUAGUUAUCAUGUGAAGUCUCUUGGGAUAAGAAGGUAAUUAACCACAUACCCCUCAUUAACCCUUUAUUAACAUGUCAUGUUCUGGAGCAACGUGUUGAAGGUGCCUGAAGUCAACUCUGAAAGACUAGCAGGAAGUGUUAGUUGCAUGCAUGAGAGGACCAAUGGGCAGGCUCGGGAGGAGAUCGUUGAUGUUACUCGCUCUCGGAGCUGGAGCUGCGGGGUAUUUUCCUCUGCCGAGGGGGAGACGAGGGCCAGCUGAGGGGGACCUAUUGGAUUGGUGCUCACCCCUGCCCCUCCGUGUCCAGCGUCUCUGUUCUUAGGGGGACGGUCCAGCCUCUUGGGGUUCUUCUUGGAACAUAGGACAUAUCCAGGCUGUUUCACAUCCGGCCGUGAUUGGGAGUCCCCUAGGGCGGUGCACAAUUGGCCCAGCGUUGGCUGGGGUAGGCCGUCAUUGUAAAUAAUAAUUUGUUCUUAACUGACUUGCCUAGUUCAAUAAAUUAUCAUUUUAAAAAUAUGAAA